AUGGCGUCGAUAGUUGGUUGCAAGAAAGGGGAUUUCCCUUUUAACUACUUAGGAAUACCUUUAGGGGCAAACAUGAAUCGGAUUUGCAACUGGGAUCCAAUUGUUAACAUCUUUAAAAAUCGUCUUUCGUCUUGGAAAGCACAUACACUUUCUAUUGGUGGCCGGGUGGUUUUAAUCAAAGCGGUCCUUGAGAGCCUUCUCAUAUAUUAUCUUUCUAUUUUCAAGGCGCCGAUUAAAGUGAUAGAUAAAUUGGAAUCUCUUAUGAGGAAUUUUUUAUGGGGAGGUUCGGAAGAGGUUAGGAAAAUGCAUUGGGUGGCUUGGGAUAAAGUCACUCUUCCUAAUAAAUUCGAUGGGUUAGGUUUUUGUAAGCUUAAAACGGUGAAUGAAGCUCUUCUCUCUAAAUGGGUUUGGAGAUAUAGGGUGGAAGAAGAGAGCCUUUGGAGAAGGGUCGUCUCGGCUUGCCAUGGUAAGUCUAGGAAGUGGCCGUAUUUGCCUUCCAACCCGGCAAUCUCGGGAGUGUGA